UUUGCCGAAAUCAACAUCUAUAUCUACGAAUUCUUUUUGCGCCGCAUCACCACAACAAAAACAAAAGCAAAUACAAAAAUAACUUGCUAAAUUGAUGAAAUCCAAAGAGAGCAUGCAAUGGAAUUGUCAAACCAAUAUCGAUCCGUCGUGUAGAUCCACCAUUGAUGGAAUCGGCAUCAUCACUUCAGAUCCACUAUCAAUCUCGUUCGAUCUUCCGUUGAAUCCACAGAUUGUUACCUAGGGAUCCGCCACUGAUUUCGUUAGAUCCGCCAUCACUACUGUAGAUCCGCCAUUGAUUUCGUCAGAUCCACCUCCAAUUGUUGUGUCAAUGGAACGGAAGGAAACCGAGUCUAAGAUAUAUGAAAGUAUGGGGUUGUCUUGCCGAAGCUAAACUUUAUAAUCCCUUCUUGAAGAAACUCGACAUGAAAACUGUAACUUGCUACUUCAUUGGUUAUCCUUCUCACUCAAAGGGUUACAGAUUUUAUUGUCCUUCCCAUGUCACUCGCAUUGUAGAAACCAAAGAUGCUCAUUUCCUUGAAGAUUUUAAGCUCAGUGGGAGCAGUGAAAACCCUUAUGAUGAAUUGCUAGAAGUACAAGACGCGGGGGGAAGAGACUUGUCAAUUAAUUUACCUCCAAUUACUCCUCUUGUACUCAAUGCCAAUCCGCAGGACACUGCACCUCCUCAUACUCCAAAUGUACCUAGAAAUGAAGACACCUCAAAUGAUCACCAUCAAGCCAAUGCUCAACCCGAAAAUUCGCUCAGGAGAAUUGAUCAACAAAAACGACCUCUGAAACCCGAGAAAGAAGCCCAGUUAGCCAGAAGCUCACUUCAUAGCCUAGUUCCGGUUCUUCCAACAACCCCAACCGAAAGGGUCAAGAAGAGCACCGGGCAGCCUGCCAGCAAGACCCAAAGGCAAUAACAAACAUAAAACCUAGCUCCAAAUCAAAUGGUGGUACCUCCCAAAAGAGGCAAAAACCAUGGACAACGGGAAACCCUUCAAUUGCCCAAGAACCACCACAAAACAAUUCCAGCGCAAAUCCAAAAUCAGCCCAUGAUCAAGAUCAUAAUACAAAGCAAAUAAACACACCAAGGCAGCCCAAGUAAUAGGAAGCGAAACCGAGACCAAAACCAGGGACCUAAGCAUGCGGCAAGACUUGGCUCCAUCUUCCCUUCGGCUUUCCAACCCAAAGCAAACAGCAAGACCAAACUUUCAGCCAGGAAAUGCAGCUACACGCACACUCCAGGUAAUGUCUUCUUGCGGCAGACCUCUCUUCAAGAGGAGGUGAGAACCUGACCCCUAGGUCAUGCGCAAAAAUCCAAAACAGCAGCAGCAAGAGCACCAUUUCACAGGGUAUGGUCUUCCAU